UGAAAGGGGGUUACCGUUUCUCUGGGUGACGUCACGAGUUUUCCUGAAAGUCAAAACAACCGUUGGCUGCGCUAACGGUAGCUUUCGGAGCUUCUCGGAAAUCCGUUUGAUGUAUGUUAGCUCUAAACGAUUAUUUCUGCCCCGGCUCGUUACGUUGACAGCGACCGUUGGCUGGCGGUUUAGCUUAGCUUGCAGUCCAGCAUUGCUUUACGUUACUCACUCAGACGGAAGGGGGGAAGAAAAAAUAACCCGAGCGGUUUAUGAAGAGCAGGUGCACGGGAAUACCACAGCACCUGUCGGUACAGGCUGAGUCACUGUUGGUGAGGAGGAAGGUCUGGAGAGGGAACGAGAGAGGAGGAGGAGGAGGUGGAGGAGGAGGGGGAGAAGAAGAAGAAGAAGAAGAAGGGAGGGAGGCACGGAGAUAAGCCACAACAGGAAGCAAAACGACACACACACGUACACAUACACACCGCGUGUUUGUGUGUGUGUGUCUGAGAGGGAGACUGCGCGAACGAGAGGGUGAACGGGAAAGGAAGGGAGGGAGAGUGACGCGGAGGCUGGGAGAGCCGCCCCCCACCCCCCUCCUCCUCUCCCUCUCUUUCUCUCCUCUCCUCCUCUCCUCCCCUCCUCCCUCUCUCUCUCUGUGGAGCAGGCGUGUAGCGGCAUCAGACUCGGCGUGAAGGAACCAUGAGCGAUGUCACCAUCGUUAGAGAGGGAUGGCUCCAGAAACGGGGUGAAUACAUAAAGAACUGGCGGCCGCGUUACUUCCUCUUGAAGACAGACGGCUCUUUCAUCGGCUACAAAGAGAAACCUCAGGAUGCCGACCUGCCCUAUCCCCUAAAUAACUUCUCUGUAGCAAAAUGUCAGCUGAUGAAGACGGAGAGGCCGAAGCCAAACACCUUCAUCAUACGCUGCCUCCAGUGGACCACCGUCAUCGAGAGGACCUUCCAUGUGGACUCGCCUGAUGAGAGAGAUGAGUGGACAGAGGCCAUCCAGAUGGUGGCUGACAAGCUGCAGAGACAAGAGGAGGAAAGGAUCCAGUGCAGUCCCACCUCCAACAUCGACAACAUGGUCGAGGAGGAGAUGGACAUCUCCACCACACACCACAAACGCAAGAUGAACCUGAGUCAGACAGGGAAAGUUUUGAGGAAGUCUUUGCAGGGACCUCUAUGGAGACAGACAAUGAGUGACUUUGACUACCUGAAGCUGCUGGGAAAGGGAACCUUUGGUAAAGUGAUUCUUGUCCGAGAAAAGGCCAGCGGGAAAUACUACGCCAUGAAAAUCCUUAAAAAAGAAGUCAUCAUAGCCAAGGAUGAAGUGGCUCACACACUCACAGAGAGCAGAGUACUGAAAAACACCAGACACCCCUUUCUCACUUCGUUGAAGUAUUCAUUCCAGACUAAAGACCGCCUCUGUUUCGUCAUGGAGUAUGUGAAUGGAGGAGAGCUGUUUUUCCAUUUGUCCAGAGAGCGGGUGUUCUCAGAGGAGCGCACGCGCUUCUACGGUGCCGAGAUCGUCUCGGCUCUCGACUACCUGCAUUCAGCCAAGAUUGUGUACCGGGACCUCAAGUUGGAAAACCUGAUGCUGGAUAAAGAUGGCCAUAUCAAGAUCACAGAUUUUGGCCUCUGCAAGGAGGGAAUCACAGAUGCUGCUACCAUGAAGACCUUCUGUGGCACGCCAGAGUACCUCGCACCUGAGGUCCUGGAGGACAACGACUACGGGCGGGCGGUGGACUGGUGGGGUUUGGGUGUGGUGACGUAUGAGAUGAUGUGCGGCCGACUGCCUUUCUACAACCAGGACCACGAGAAGCUGUUUGAGCUCAUCCUCAUGGAGGACAUCAAGUUCCCGCGCACUCUGUCGGCCGACGCUAAGUCCCUGCUGUCCGGCCUGCUCAUCAAAGACCCCAACAAACGGCUUGGUGGAGGACCAGAUGAUGCUAAAGAAAUAAUGAGACACAGUUUCUUCUCUGGUGUUGACUGGCAGGAUGUCUAUGAUAAAAAGCUGGUCCCUCCCUUCAAGCCUCAGGUGACGUCGGAGACAGACACCAGAUACUUUGACGAGGAGUUCACAGCCCAGACCAUCACAAUCACUCCACCAGAGAAAUUUGACGAGGACGGGAUGGACUGUCUGGACAACGAGAGAAGACCGCACUUCCCUCAGUUCUCUUACUCUGCCAGUGGGCGGGAAUGAACUGUCCAUCACUGUGACAUCAUCACAGCUGGUCUCUGAGGUCAUCAAUGUGGGACAAAAAGACCCACAGCUUUGGACCGACCCAGAACAACCCAGACUCGAAGGAUGUUGCCCGUCUCCUCCUCUCUUUUUCACCUCUCCAGUCUGCUCCUCUAUUUUUAUUUUUUUAUUUAUUUUUGUGAAUUCCUUUUAGAGAGAACUUCCAGCCAAAAUUACUUUCUAAUCCUGCACUGCAACCCUAGGUGAUCCGAACUGUGAUGUGAUCAGUUACUAUGUAAUGUCCCUUUAAUGAUAGGAGCAUCACCGGUGGCCUGCUGUGCUUUGACAUGUGUCGGUCCUGCCAAACUCUUAAAAACAAAACACUUCUGAUCAAGUUAGUCAGCAACUGAUUCAUUUUUAAGGAGACGUUUUUGUGGCUUCUUAUCUGUAUGAUGGAGAUACAGCAUUUUAAGUCAGUCAAACCCAAACUGCCGUUACUGGUUGUAUCUCAGGCUUUUACAAAUAGACGGACGCUCAGACUUAGAAAGACACUCAGGUCUGAGUUCAAUUCCUCACGUAAAUAAUUCUGGGAUUGACUGAGGCUGCCUGGCAUUGAGGAAGCAGUUGUCAUCAGUGAGCAGAAUCCUACACACCUCAUAUUGUCAAGCAGGAUUUGACUCAGGUUUUGCUCAGUGCAAUUCAUUCUUGUUGUUGCUGCUAUUUCAACUACUACAGGUACUAUUACUCCUACCACUACUAUACUACUACUGCUACUACUAAACCCCGGUGCUACACUAUUAGCUUAAUGCUGCAGAUCAUUAUACAGGCGCCAGCAACACAUCAACCACCUGUAUUAACGUCUAUGCUUGUACAGCUGCAGAACAGGUGUUGCUAUUACUCCUAAUGUACUGCUAUUACACAUCAACUCUGUAGAUUAAGAUGAUGAUAGGAUGUCAUGGUGUGUGUGUGUGUGUGUGUGUGUGUGUGUGAGAGAGAGAGAGAGAGAGAGAGAGAGAGUGUGCGAGGUACUAUUAUGGGUUUGUGUUUAAGAACGCACCUCAAAGCACAGCAGUUCAGAAGGAUGAAGCUCCCCAACCAUGAGCUUUACUACGUUACCCACAAUGCAGUGCAAGGUGGUUGAUAUAUCCAUCACAGCGGAGGUGAAAAUGAGAGGAAAACGGUUGGUUUGAAUGUUCCCCCCAAAAUGUUUUUAAUUUAUUUCUCAACUACAAAUUCCUCUGAGUUUAAAUCUCUUCUGCCCCAAAAGGGAAAACAAUACCGAAACAGUACUUUGUGACGAUGAUGGAAAGCUUUACUCUGACAUAUUGUUGUCUUGGUGUUGGGAACCAUAUGGCUGUACCUCUCUGUGUUUGUGCAGGAAAGGGAAACUGCAGCAGGAACAGAUUCACCACAGAGUGAAAAGAGAAGUCCAGGAUGGCAGGUUGGGCAUUGUGAUGAGAAGAGAGAGAGGGAGUACAGGUGAAAAGCUCCAAGAAUGAUGAAAUAUUUAUAAUAUGAUAAUUUAUGACAUAUUGAUGAGUGAGGUAACAGCUGGUUUCCUGGGAGAUUCUUAUACAGGAUUUUUUUUAAAAAGACAUUAUGGUCUGUGAGGAGGUACGCAUCAACAGUUAUGGGUUUACACCAAUCACAGCAAUGGCUAUAAUAUAUAUAUGUUCUAUUUAUUGUUCUACUCAUCGGUUUUAUAUUUAACUUUUUCUAUUGUUAUUACAUUAUUCUAAAAAAAAAAUAUUUCUUAGAGUUGAGAGGAAAAAAAGGCACCUCAAGAAACAAAAAUGGCUGAAGAAUGUAGGAGGGAAAGCAGAUAGCCUUCCUGCUCCAUAUUAUUGUUUAUUUUAAUGAUGUUUUUGUGUUGUUGUUUUGUGACCAAAAUGUGACAGCUGAGACGUGACAGGACAGAUUAAAAACAGAUGAUAGUUAACUGUGAGCUUAAAGAUACGUUUGGGACAAUGAUAGAGACACAGCAAUCUAUUUAUUUAAUCACCCUUUCUUAUCCAGCUUUAUCCAAAUCAUUCUACAGGUGUUUAGUGUGAAGGAUCAUCUCACCUGAUUGGAUACUGACACAAAUGUCCCCCAUAUUUAAUCUUACUACAGGUUGGUGAAGGCUGAGUCAGAGUUAAGGGAGAAAGAAGAAGUGGAAGUUGAGCAGAAAGAAAACAAGUGCAGCACAGAAGUCUGAAUGUAAAGCGGUGAGCAUGGAAAAGAUUCGAUACUGAGCUUUAAGUGCUACUGUUUAUUGUAAGUGUGUCGAGAUAGAGUCUAGGAGAGAGUUGAAAGAGGCAAAAUGUGAGUUUGUAAGGUUGGUCAGUGUUUUCCUGUUCUUUGGAUUUUAGAUGAGAGAGCAUUUUCCCCUGCUAAUGUUACCUUUAUUUUAAGAGUGGGGAUGAUUAGAGUUGGGCCCCGACCACUAAACAAUCCCUGCACUCUCCUCCGUCUUUAACGUGUGCUGUCAUUUCUCCGGUCUGGACUUUGUUUGUUUGCGUCGUCAUGUCUUCCAGUCUGACCAACAAGAUUUUAAAUCCCCUCAAUUUCUCUUGUCUUCAAACGCCAGUAAGCCUUACGGUUUAGCUCAGAAUAAGUCAAAAACUUUGACAUCCAGCACUUCAGAGUCAAAAAAAAUCACCAGAUGUGAAGAAAUAUAUUUUUAAAAAUUUGAAAUCUCAACUGCAUGUGGAAGACUUCACCUUGAAUAUAUCUGGAUGCCACAGAUUAAAAAGAGAGCACCAGGGGAUGUGCUCUCAUUAGGCAUAGAAAACUGUAAUCCAAUAUAUUUAUUUAAAUGUUUUUAUUAUUAUCAUCGAUGGAUAACUUGAAUUUCUUUUCUAUUUAAUUUAUUUGAUGUCAUUUUGUUUUGGAGUUUAGCAGUAAGGGGGUGUAGUUGUGUUUCACUCUGCAGUUUAAGUCUUCAGACUUUGUUCUAAUAAUAAAUGCCUCCUUUUUUUUCCUUUACAGAUAUCUCUUAUACGACACAUUACCUAUUUUUCCGCUGCUCUUAAGUCCGUAUGCUUUACCCUUGCACAUUCAUUAAAUUGCUAUUAGCUAGCAAAGGCGCUUUAUGGCAGAAAGUAUAAAAGGAUGGCGCUGGCCUGCAUGCUGUAGUCCUCCUCUGUCCGCAUUACCAGUCCUGAGUCAAAGUGGCACUCAGAACUCUUAUGAAAAAUACUUCUCUGUGAUCGAUUGAGCCUGUCUGGCACAGCCGAAGCAGCCGAAUCCCACCCAGCUGGCACCCUUGACAGCCUCAAGCGAACGCUCCCAAGUAUUUGGAAGGAUUUCAGCUUUGAUUUGACCCAGGUCUGCGAGUGACUGAGGAGUUCUUGCUGUAUGUGCACGCUUACCGCCAAAAUCAUUAGAAACCAGAGUUCAUAAAACACCGCUUUGUAGCGUUGGACACAGCACUUUCACAUCCAUCACUUUUGAUAUGAUUCAGAGGAAUCUGAUUCAGCCCUGCUUUAAAGGAAGAUUUUUAGCUUUUUUUAAAAAUGUUUUUAAGAAAAUGAGGAUUUUUAAAGCACAUCUCCCCUCCACAUACAACCGAUCAGCUUUCAUGUUGCUCUGAUGUCCAGAGUUGGCAAAACCUGGGUGAUUGUGUCCCACAUCCCAGAGACGGGUCAGUGCUGCCACUGCAGAGUGGGCUGUGGAUCACACUCAGUGGACGUUUUCAGUAAAUUGGUCAGUCUUCAUAAACUAAAAUGUUUGGAAAAAUCCACUGAGCAAUCGUUGAAACUCCACUGAUGUCACUGACUCGUUCCUCUCGCUCCUCUUCUGUUUUGAAAAGUUUUCCCUCCGGUGAGCCUCCAACUCUCCUUGUUCAAUUUUCCACAGAUUCAAGUUCAUUUACUGGCAGCAACAAUGCCAGAGGCUGAUUCUGAGGUCAGACGUCAUAAAAAAAUGUUACGUUUUCCUCCAACUACUGUAAGUGGAGAAGGUGGAGCUUAGUAAUCCUCUUCAUCAACAUGGGUUUUACCUUAAAGACUGAAUCAGUCUUUGGCACGUGUCAGUAAUUUAACUUUGUCUCGGUUGUUAUCACCAAACAGAGGUUCUUAAACUGGACGCUGAAGUUCAGUUUAAGCCUCUUCACAGCUUUAGUGGUGCCCUCGACUGGUGUGAAUCAACAGGAUGUGAGAUAUCUGAUGCUGCACUGAUAGUGUUCACUCUUAAAGCUGCUGCUGUUUGUACUGUACAUCUAUCACACACCAGAUCUGACUCCAAUAGUAUUUGAAUAAUAUGUAAAAUCCUUUCAAAGACCUCAGCUGCUCUGUAUUGAUCUCGCCCGUUGUUAAUGAACGGACGGCGUCAGCCAAAAAUCACAAGCUGCACUCAGCCUGGCGUUUAAUGCAGAUAAUAAGUAAAUGGCUCCAGUGUUUGGAAGGGUUUCUGAAAGUAUUUGACCUCAUGUCUGCGACAGAAUUCCUCCCCUCUCUUCUCUCUCUGGUACUAGUCUACUAUCAUCAUGAUUAUUAACAUGAACAAGCAUGAGAAGCAUUUAUUUAUAAACAGCAAACAAAAAACGGCAAACAUGUACAAAUAUUACAAAGUGUAAUUGAGUUUUAAUUUCACGUCCAUGUCCAUCUACUGUAGCUUUACAGUUGUAUGAGACAUUUUUCUGGACAGCUGCCAGUUGUUCGCAGAGUGGGCCGUGUUUCCCUGAAGCACUGUAAUACUGAAGUCAGCUCUGCUCUACGACAUGUCAGUGGAGCAGAGACAAUGUCGACUCUGAGAGUGUCGGGAAACUUGGCAGAUCGAUCAAACAGCCUUUUUCUGUCCCCUCAUGCUGUUAGGAUACAGUGCUGCUGGCCAGUGAGGCCGCGAGGAUGUGAAAACAACAAAUUACCAUCAACAUGAAGCUGUUUUUUACACUGUACAUCCUUAGUAUUUUUACACAUAAAAUGUAUAUGAUAGGGAUGCACAUUAUUUUCCUUCUUACAGACAGCUUCAAUAAAGCACUAUGUCAAUCUGC